AUGUCGCGCGCGACGGCGCGCGCGGCGCCGCGCGACGCGCGUUUCGCGACGCGCGCAUCGCGACGCGCGCGCGGCGCGAGACGCGCGGCGGAGGACGACGCGCGCGCGACGCCGACGCGGCCGGCGCUGAACCUGCUCGGGCGAACGGUGAAGGUGAAACACAUCCUGGAGGGACGCGCGGACGACGCGCUCGGGCGAUUGGCCGCGGACGUCGUCGCGGACGCGCGGGGCGUGGACGCGGACGCGCUGGCGCGCGACGUCGAUCGGUUGUUCGCGCUGUGCCCGGGGCUCGGCGAAAGAGUGGCGAGAGGCGAGGUGAAGCGAGCGCUCGCGGCGGAGCUCGCGGUGGAUCUGAGGGAGACGAUGGCGGCCAUGUUGGCGAUUAAAAAUACUUUCGCGAGCGCGGACGUGGACGCGGGAGACGUGUGCGCGCGCGAGCCGAGAUUGCUGCGUCUUCGAGAGGAAGCGCUCGAGGGGGUGCGGGAACGCGCGGCGUCGACGAGGGAGCGAUUAGGAGACGCGUGCGACGCCGAUGGGUUGUUCGCGACGAUUCCGUCGUGUUUGCUCGCGUCGCAGGAAGAGUUGGACGGGAUCUUGGAGCGUGUGACGGGUUUACGAGCGCUCAUGCCGGACGCGGACAUCGUCAAACUGCUCCGAGGGCGGCCGGCGCUGUGUCUCGAGGAUCGAGCGUACUCCAGGGCGGCCAUCGCCGUCUCCGCGCUGCGAAAGGCGAUGCCGAAAGACUGUAGAAUAGAUCUGAUGCUCAGUGACUUUCCGUCGUUGCUGUUUAUGGACAUCGAGAUGCUUCUCGAGGACUUGCGGCAAACGUUUGGAGGGGAUCCGUGCUGGACGCUUCGCAGAAACCCAGGAAUCGCAACGCAGUUCGAGAAGAACAACGGCACUUUCAAUCCGCUCCGAUGA